UGCUUAUAUGGAAGUUUGUUGGUCUGAAAGGCACCCUGUAUUUAAAUAUAGCUGCUUUGCACAGUUAACAUUUCACUUUUAACUUCAAUACCAGUUAAUGUGAUCGUUAACUUUUAAUUUAACAGUUAAUUUUUAUUUACGUCUGUCUUCUAACGUGAACUUAUUCAAUUAGUAGACAAUUCACUUUCAAUUGAACAUGUCUAAAAAAAAUCAACUCACCCAACUCUGCUUUCGUCUUCCUCAGGUUUUCGUGUACACCCCGCAGGUGUACUCGCGGAUAAAAGAACGGCUGAAGACGCGCGGUGUGGCGGAGCUGUCGACGCUCGAGCUAAGCAACUACUUCUCGCCGUGGUACGCGGAGCACAUGGGCUCCAUACAAUCGGCGAGCGGUAACCGCAGCGUGGAGGCAUGGGCGGUGCAACGUCUUCGAGUGCAAUAUUAUAUCUUCACCUACGCCAGCCUACUGAAGCUGCACGGCGACACGGCGCUGCUCAAGCAGCUGAACGGUUUGUUGGACGACGAGGCGUUGUUGCAGUUGCAACUGCGGACAUUGGCGCCCGCCUUCAAGGAUCCCAAGAGGCGCGAGUGGUUCCUCGAAGUGAUCGAUAAUUAUUUUAAGCUCUGGGAGGUGAACAUGUGACACCGCCGGCCAUGCGUUUGUUACGGGGCGAGACCUCUCUCAGGAUUUACCGUGGUCGCGCGCAUUUCAGGCUCACGCUUUCAGAGGUAUUUGAACGACCGUGCGGGUGGACCGUGCUGAUGGUUCCUCGAAUGUGCCGUCAACUUCUUCCGCGCGCUCGAGGAGUGAUCGCUACGCGACCGGUCACGUUAUUUGCCGACGUUAACUAUACAGGUUCCUGCUGAACGGAUGUAUCGUUCCGCCACACAUACACACGCGCGCGCGCGCGUAUACAACACACACACACACACACACACACACACACACACACACACACACACACACACACACACACAUAUACGAUACGAGCGAUGCACGCUCACAAGAAUGCGCGUAGUGGUGCAUUUUGUUAUAAAUAAAUAUUUAUUAUUAUAAUCAAUUAGUAGAAAAAAACGUGUCUUUAUACAAAUAUUUUUAAUAUAUCACAUGCAUUAUUCGAUAAGAUCUGACUGAAGAACACGAUGUUGCGAUAUAACCGCAAGUUCUUUACCCGAAAACCCCGAUCCACCGGUGACCGCGCCGGGGGCAAGGGAUGAUGCGUGUUUUCCGGAGUAUAAAAGAGGAUUUGUGCGUUCCGUUCGUUUCAACUGAUUAUGCAGCCUUCCUACUGCGCGCGAACGGGCUCAGCGGAUCAUUACCUCGCUUGAGAUACGAAUUUACACGCAUAUAGUUAAUGUACCUUAUCGUAAGUCUUGUCUUUCCCCAUGAACCAGAAAAUGUUUUUCUCCCACACCUCUGCGGAUAAAUACGCUGAAAAAAAAACAUUUCUAAAAGCAAACGAAUAUUUCUUCGGUGGGUCGCGGUAAAUUCACUUUAUUUAAACCGAGUAUUAUUUACUCGGUUUAAGGAAAUAACACUCGAUUUAAAUCGAGUAAAUUUAGAUUUAAGGAAAUAUCGUGUAAGGACCCACCAAUGAAAAUAUUCGUUUGUUUUUAGGCAUUUUUUUCUCUCAGUGGAGCCCACGGUGAGGAGCAAAAGAUUCACAGAUGAAUUUAGAAUGUUGCAAUUGCGUGCCGAUAUUGCGCAGGAAAUCGUAGAUAUCAUAAAACAAGUUGAUUUACUCGGUACCGUGAAGCGAUACACCCGUGGACAAUGAUUCAUCCUCUCUUCUCUCUAAAUUUAGUGAGACAGUAGAUGCUUAUCCUAUUCUAUUGGAAGAAAUCGCCUCAUAAAGCUCGUAUUAGACUGGCAUUAGAAGUUAAAGAUCGCGAAUUAGAAGUCAGAAUUCGAUGAAACAAGUUGUUUCGAUCUUGGCUCAUGUUAUCCUAAUUGGUCAAACGUCAAUUUUCAAUAAUCUAAUUUGGUUUUUGACAUGAAAAUUCUUCUGAUUGGAACGAGUUAGAUUAGGGUGGGCAUCUUUUGAAUUUGCUUCGCUAUAUGUAUCUAAAGAGGCACAAAUCAUUGUCCACACUUGUAUAUGUGCAUACAAUUUCGAUGAAAUUCACUGAAUUUAGAAUCAGAAUUCAAAGAAUCACUACGUAAACAGCAGGAUUCGUCCCGUGAUCUCACGCCGGAGAAAUUUAGUAUAUUCUAAAUUGGCCGAUACGAAUUGUUCUUCUUUGGUUUACAUGUACGUACAGACCGGCAUAAUAGUCAUAACGAGUUUGUUCUUUGUCGCUGAACUAAUGCACACUUUCGAAACUUAAAAAAUAAACAGAAAUACAAUUGUGAUUCCCUGUAGAAAAGAGGGAAGUAGAAUUAGUGCAAGCUGGUGUAGUCAGUUCAACUGUGAAGAACAGAUCUAAUACAGAUUUGUGGUCUAUUGGCCUGUGAAAUUUUCCAUUGUGUAUCCGUUGUGUUCACGUAUUCGUAUGUCAUGACUGGUGUUUAUUCGAGAAAAUAGCUACGAUAUUUCCAAAUAUUACUCAGAGAGUAGAGUAGCAUUUGUGAUGUAAGCCAAAAUUAUACAUAAAAGAAUAUGUAUAUUAUGACAGUCUGUAUAUGUGGAUAAUCCCAUGUGUAUCUCUGAUUCAAUGAUUCGAAAUGGUACACACAACGCCUGAUGUCAAUUUUUUGUAUGAACGAGAAACAAAGUUCGAAAGAGAGCUACGAAAAAUGCCAUAUUACCGAUGCAUAAAAUUUGAUACGAACGACGAAACAAGUGCGAUUUCUACGAGUCAUCAUACUUGCUCCGGCUUAAUACUUUGAUUUACAGCUGCUUAGUACAAACAGCGUUCCAUUAUAUCACAACGUAAUAGAAGACGAUAACGAUGUUACAACAAGCGUGCGAUACUAUGCGAUAUGGUUUCCCAAUACAUUAGCAUCUCAGCGAAUUGUAUAUAAUUACGAUAGUUGAAACAAGAAAAUACUUUUGCAUCGUGUACACUUCAGCAUUCCUUCUCCUCGUACGAUAUAAUCGCGCGUUACGGGUUACGCUGCGAUGAAUGAUUUAACAUCAAACAACAAAUACGACUUAAAACGUUGUAUAAAUAAAGUAUUGCGACGAUCUUA